AUGGCAUUACCAAGGUAUGUGGUGCUCAAAUCAAAAUAUAACAACAAGUACUUGCGGUACAUCCAGGAAGAUGUGCAAAUUCAUCGAUUUCUCCAAUUCUCGGGAGAGGAGGUCGUGACCCCCUACUCAAAGUUCCAAGUGGAGAGGGCAAAUAAUGGCAGGGGACUAGUGCACAUAAGAUGCUGCUACAACAACAAAUACUGGGUAAGGUGGUCCAGGAGCCAUUGGUGGAUUGUUGCCGGGGCCAACGAACCAAAUGAAGACCAAUCGUCAUGGUCAUGUACCUUGUUCGAGCCUGUGCACGUAGAUGGCGAUGCUCAAACACUCCGAUUUCGCCACGUCCAGCUCGGACACUAUGCAUGCUUAUGGAGGCUUCCACCUCCUUAUGGUUCCUGUCUGUUUGCAGGAUCAGCUUCGGCUGACAAGGACCUCUGCGAUGUCUGUACAAUCAUUGAUUGGGAAUCUACUUGA